CCAAUACACGCUCAUUGAAUCUGUUUCAGCAUGAAGUCAAAAUCCCCUCCCUCUAUCGGUGUAUUCACAUCGAGCCCCUGUAUAUGUGCGAUGCUGCCUCUCUCUCAACCAUUCCUCCCUAACAUUCCAGAGGAGAUGAGGGAUUGACUGCUAGGAUACAGAGAAAGUGAGGGGAAUAUCUUUUUCAUCUAAAACACGUUGGAUCGAUCCUUCAGAACUUUUUCUUGCUUCAGACACUUGGCUAAACCUUUUAUUUAAGUCUCUACUGAAACAUUCGCAUCUGAUUUUCCUUUUGGGAUUCUGGACUUGAUCGGUGACUAUACAACCCUACAGGGGACACCAGAGCAUUGUUUCUUAUAAAAAAGGGCUGUGAAAGCCCUGUCCAAACACAAUGGCCGCCAUCUUACAACUUAACGCCAACAAUUUACAAGUGCCAGGUGAAGAUAGAUCAACCUCAACAUCUCCAUCUGGUUCUCCCUCUACUUCCAGAAUUGAGUGCAGUAUCACCCCUCUAACACCCUCACCAUCGCCGAGGACUGAGCUGAGACCACGCGUGGCCCAUCCGUUCUCUGUGGUGGUGGCUAUUGAUUUUGGUACCACCUCCAGUGGUUAUGCCUUCAGUUUUACAGAAGAUUCUGAGACCAUUCACAUGAUGAGACGAUGGGAAGGAGGGGACCCAGGUGUAGCAAAUCAGAAGAGUCCAACAUGUCUGCUGUUGACCCCUGAGCUCCGCUUUCACAGUUUUGGCUUUGCAGCUCGAGACAGCUACCAUGAUCUCGAUCCUGAGGAAGCCAGGCAUUGGCUCUACUUUGACAAAUUCAAAAUGAAGAUCCACAGCACCCGUGAUCUCACUAUGGAGACAGAGCUGGAGACUGUUAGUGGAAGAAGAGUUCGAGCCAUUGAAGUGUUUGCUCAUGCUUUGAGGUUCUUCAGAGAACAUGCAUUAAAGGAGGUGAAGGACCAGUCAUCUUCAGUGCUGGAAGGUAAUGAAGUACGAUGGGUCAUCACGGUUCCUGCAGUUUGGAGGCAGCCCGCCAAGCAGUUCAUGCGAGAAGCUGCAUAUCUGGCAGGUCUGGUCACUCCAGAUUGUCCCGAACAGCUUCUCAUAGCACUUGAACCAGAGGCUGCCUCUAUCUACUGCAGGAAGCUUCGUCUACACCAGGUCAUUGACCUCAGUCAACGACCAAUGACUAAUGGUCUAGAUCUGGAUGGGUCCCGCCCUUUCGAUUCUAGUUUCAGACAAGCUCGCGAGCAGCUCCGCAGAGCAAGACAUAGCCGAACAUUUUUGGUAGAGAGUGGUACUGGAGAAUUAUGGUCUGAGAUGCAAACAGGUGAUCGGUACAUGGUGGCAGAUUGUGGUGGCGGGACAGUGGAUCUGACUGUGCAUCAAAUCGAGCAGCCGCAGGGCACUUUGAAGGAGCUUUACAAAGCCUCAGGGGGUCCCUAUGGAGCAGUAGGUGUGGAUCUUGCCUUUGAGGCUAUGUUGUGCCAAAUCUUUGGGUCUGACUUCAUUGAGAGUUUCAAAGCGAAACGUCCUGCAGCUUGGGUGGACCUUAUGAUUGCCUUUGAAGCACGCAAACGUACUGCAGCUCCUGGCCGGGCCAACUGCUUAAACAUAUUGCUACCCUUCUCCUUUAUUGACUUCUAUAGGAGUCAUCGGGGACAAAGUGUGGAGACCGCCCUGCGGAAAAGCAAUAUGAAUUUUAUAAAAUGGUCAUCUCAAGGGAUGCUGAAACUGUCAGCAGAGGCCAUAAAUGAACUCUUUCAGCCGACCAUUAACAAUAUCAUCAAACAUAUUGAUGACCUGAUGCAGAAGGAAGAGGUAAAGGGCGUGCGCUUUCUCUUCUUAGUCGGUGGAUUCGCAGAGUCGCCCAUGCUUCAACGAGCGGCCCAAAAUGCACUUGGGCAGAAAUGUCGCAUCAUAAUUCCACAUGAUGUGGGUCUAACCAUCCUGAAGGGUGCCGUCUUGUUUGGUCUAGACCCCACCGUAGUCCGUGUACGCCGUUGUCCGUUAACUUACGGCGUUGGGGUUUUAAACCGUUUCGUGGAAGGCCGACACCCACGCGAUAAGCUACUCAUCAAAGAUGGCCGAGAAUGGUGCACUGACAUCCUAGACCGCUUCGUAAGCGUCGAUCAGUCGGUAGCUUUGGGUGAGGUGGUGAGGCGGAGCUACACUCCAGCAAGAGUGGGACAGAGGAAGAUCAUCAUCAACAUCUACUGUAGCGACACUGAUGAUAUAACCUACAUUACCGACCCGGGGGUGAGGAAGUGUGGCGCUAUAACUCUAGACCUGCUUGAGUUGGGGUCAACAACAGCUUGUGCCGGUGAUGAUGGUAAAGCAGCAGCAUUUGAACGAAGAGAGAUUCGUACCACUAUGCAGUUUGGAGACACUGAAAUCAAAGUGACGGCUGUUGAUGUGGCAACUGGGAAAUUGGUGAGGGCGUCAAUUGACUUCCUGUCCAAUUGAACCUGUUUGGCUGUUUUUGUAGAGGACUGGAAAGAGUGGAUGGACAUUUAACACUAGAUUUAUAACGGCUGGUUUAUUAACUGGAAGGGUAACCUUCCUGUCUUCAUUAGGCAGAGGAUCAGCUUGUUUCACAAGAAUUGUCUCUGUAUUAAAUGGACUUUAAAUUGCUCUAAAUUAAAAGUUAAUGACUAUCAAUGCCAAACUCAGUAAUGACAUCUUAUGUAUGAGUAGUAAAAACAAAGUUCGUUUGUCAGCUAAACAGACAAAAUCUGUACUGUUUCUGUAAAACUAAACAGAAACACUUACAUGUUAGGAUGAGACUUAUCAACCUUGUCUGUACAACAUUAUAUUUAGGGCUGUCAAAAGAUUAAUCGCGAUUAAUUACAAACAAAAUAAAAGUUUGUGUAUGUGUA